AUGACAUCAGCUUUCUGUAUCUUGUCCCUGGAAGGAGCAAAAGCGUCCGCCCUGGUAUCUGAUGUGCUGAACGCGACACUCGGCUUGGUUAGGAUGCCGCAAAGCCCUGGUUCGUUGGGACAAUCCUCCCGCUGCACACGCCACAGCUGGGUGAAGGGCAAGAUGCAUGCAACUUACCCGUACCGGCACUUGUGUAUCCAGUGUACUGCAGUGCUAGGAAAAGCAAUGGCGAGACUCGAGAAGGCGCUCUCACCGUUGACGAGUGGCGUCCGGAAACGAAGGUGA